CACGAGGUGCCGGUUAGUAAAUGCAAUCCGGGGAGUGGGGAAGAGUGCUUUGCUCGCUGGCUGGGGGAAAGGGGACGUGCAAGCCGCAAGCCGGAGGCCAGCUCGGCGGCGGCGGCCCCUUUAAUUCGAAUUCACGACCCGGGCCAGGUGCUGCUGCGUUGCGUGGCGCGGUGCGGCUGCGGGGCGGCGGCCGGGUUGCUCCGUUACGCGCCGCCCGCCCGCGGGGACUGCAGAGCCGGAGCCCGACUGGCCGCUUGCCUGCGGGCCCCAGCGGCAUGGAAGCUCCGGAGAGCGGUGCAUUGGGGUUUCCCAGCCAAGCCCAACAGUCUUCGGGUUCUACUCUACACUCCUGACCCGACAUCCCCCCUGCCCCUGCUGCCUGGCGCAGCUCUGGAGCUCACCUCCAGGACCCCGCAGCCUGCUCUCCUGCCCAGGAUGACUCACCACUAUUUCUAGAGUGUGAAGACGUGAUGAGGAGUUGGGCUGCCUGUCGGUGCAUCUAGGACAGCCGCAGCAUCCAACCAGCCCUGCCUGCAAAGAAGAGGAAGAGGAAGAAGGCUCUUCCCUUCCCACCUGGCCAGCCCAGCAAGGCUGUCUCUGUGACUCCUUGGAGCCACCAGGAACUCUGGUGGCUGAGCCUAGGCCAAUGCUUCUGCCUUUCCUGGGGCCACCAGCAGCAGUCUGAGCUCCCUGCCACCAGGCAGCUGGAAACCAUAGUGGGAGGCACUUCUCUCAGUCUCCAUUAUGACAGUGGCCACCGGAGACCCAGCGGAUGACGCUGCGGCCCUGCCCGGGCACCCGCAGGACACCUACGACCCUGAGGCAGACCACGAGUGCUGUGAGAGGGUGGUGAUCAACAUCUCAGGGCUGCGGUUUGAGACCCAGCUGAAGACCCUAGCUCAGUUCCCCGAGACCCUCUUAGGAGACCCGAAGAAGCGGAUGCGUUACUUUGACCCCCUCCGCAAUGAAUACUUCUUUGAUCGGAACCGGCCCAGCUUUGAUGCCAUUUUGUACUACUACCAGUCUGGAGGUCGCCUGCGGCGCCCCGUGAAUGUGCCCUUAGAUAUCUUCUCUGAAGAGAUCCGCUUCUACGAGCUGGGAGAAGAGGCGAUGGAGAUGUUUCGGGAAGACGAAGGCUACAUCAAAGAGGAAGAACGCCCUCUGCCCGAAAAUGAGUUCCAGAGACAGGUGUGGCUGCUCUUCGAGUACCCCGAGAGUUCGGGGCCAGCCCGGAUUAUAGCAAUCGUGUCCGUCAUGGUCAUCCUGAUCUCCAUCGUCAGCUUCUGCCUGGAGACACUGCCCAUCUUCCGGGAUGAGAACGAAGACAUGCAUGGUGGUGGGAUAACCUUCCACACCUACUCUAAUAGCACCGUGGGGUACCAGCAGUCCACCUCCUUCACCGACCCUUUCUUCAUCGUGGAGACCCUCUGCAUCAUCUGGUUUUCGUUUGAGUUCCUGGUCAGGUUCUUUGCCUGUCCCAGCAAAGCUGGCUUCUUCACCAAUAUCAUGAACAUCAUUGACAUCGUGGCCAUCAUCCCCUACUUCAUCACGCUGGGCACAGAGCUGGCUGAGAAGCCAGAAGAUGCCCAGCAGGGCCAGCAGGCCAUGUCCCUGGCUAUCCUCCGUGUCAUCCGCUUGGUAAGAGUCUUUCGGAUUUUCAAGUUGUCCAGACACUCCAAAGGUCUCCAGAUUCUAGGUCAGACCCUCAAAGCUAGCAUGAGAGAAUUGGGCCUCCUGAUCUUCUUCCUCUUCAUCGGGGUCAUCCUGUUCUCUAGCGCUGUCUAUUUUGCAGAGGCCGAUGAGCGAGAGUCCCAGUUCCCCAGCAUUCCGGAUGCCUUCUGGUGGGCAGUCGUCUCCAUGACAACUGUAGGCUAUGGAGACAUGGUUCCAACCACCAUUGGGGGAAAGAUCGUGGGUUCCUUGUGUGCCAUUGCGGGUGUCUUGACCAUUGCCUUACCAGUCCCUGUCAUUGUGUCCAAUUUCAACUACUUCUACCAUCGGGAAACGGAGGGAGAGGAGCAGGCCCAGUACUUGCAAGUGACAAGCUGUCCAAAGAUCCCCUCCUCCCCUGACCUAAAGAAAAGUAGAAGUGCCUCUACCAUUAGUAAGUCUGAUUACAUGGAGAUCCAAGAAGGGGUCAACAACAGUCAUGAGGACUUUAGAGAGGAGAACUUGAAAACGGCCAAUUGCACCUUAGCUAAUACAAACUAUGUGAAUAUUACCAAAAUGUUAACUGAUGUCUGAUUGGAGUCUAGUCACAUACUCACAGCCCAAUGGAACUAAUGCAGAUAUUGCAUAAUAGCCUGCAUUGUAGUCAGAGUGUUCUACAGUGUGUAUCUGGUUCUGCAUGGAAAGCAAUAGUUGUGCAAGUGACUUUUAAUCUUCUGAUUUUUGAUUUAGAACACAGAAUAUCUAUCCAUGGCUUUCAUGCAAGUCUUCAUCACCGGCUUAGGGGUUCUCCAAAAAGGGGAAUCACCAAUGGAGCCAGUAUUUCAGAAAGACAGAUUGAGGCCACUGCACAUCCAGUCUAUGCCUACCAUAUCAGUGCCACCGUCCCUUCUUAGGUAACUACACACAGCUCCCAGGUUUGUCUCCUGACCCCCACCCAUCACCCCAUUUCUGCCUACACCCUUGCUUUACAGAGGUAAACUAUGGUGACUUCACUUGAAAGCUCUGGUAAAAUUUCCAAAAGGUCAUCCACAUUUUUUUGCAUUGAAAAGAACACACAGUUCUGUGUGUUGAAAUUACUUUCUAUGUCACAGGCUGGGGUUUGUGAAUUGCUGUUGCCAAGUAGAUACUCCGGAGGUUUGUGUUUCAUAAUGGAAAAUGCUGCAUUGGGUUUUUUCUCUGCAGUGUCGCUGUGAGGGAAGCCCAGGGGGAGGAACAGUUAGUAUGACCAAAUGUGAGUUGUCAAGUUUCACAUCGACUCCCUUGGGCCAGUGGGGAGAAAGUAACCAACCAAGGGGGCCUCUCAACUUUACAGUUGACCACUGCUGCAAGCUUCAGGGUCACUGAGACCCAUGUGGUGUUUUGUUCCCACUGGAGUUUUCAGACCUGUUUCCCCAAGUGCUGUGGGCCCAGCGAUGCCGACACUGCAGUGAAAUGUACUAGUGAUGCGAGCGAACUGCAUGGAUGUUUGUUGCAUGAAUCUCAAUAUAUAAAACAUGGGAGAUAACCUAUUUUCUUAGUAGCCUACACAGUAUUCAUAUUUAGAGUAUUAAUAGCUUGGGAAGGAUAUUGAACUAUGGUUUUAUUCCCCUCACACUGGAUGGCAAAUGCCCUCAGUCAAGAGAAACAGAUUGACUAUCUGGAAUGGGGAACUAGAACUUCUGGCCAUCCAGCCUGUACCCCAUUCCUGUUCUUCAAGUGAGGGGCACAGGCCUCUGUCAAGGCAGGAGAAUGAGAAUGAGCACAUGAAGGCACCUAGGGAUGAAACAAGACAUAGGCACAACUGUACAGCUGACUGGGACAUCUGGUCCUGAGAACAGGUGGAUCUUUGGAUCAAGUGUACAUAACUAUAUAUUGAGUAUCUCUUACAUGAGUCCUCUACCUAGCUAGCUGUAGGGAAAAAAAUUGCAUUUGAACCUGUAUACGCUUAUGCAAUAUUUUUGACACAGGGCAAUUUAUGCAUGUGUUUGACUAUGUGCACUAGAGUGUAUGUAUCUACAUACACAAAUACAUACCUAUGUGUGUAUAUGUAUGCACACACAUACAUAUACAUAUGUAUAUUCAUCUCUGGAGUUCAGGUUCAGGGGCAAAUCCACUGCUCAGUGGAUUGGUUGUCUCAGAGGCCUCAUGAGUUCAUUUGUUUCAUGGGUAACCCCACUGGGCCUGGGUUUGCUGCUAUUGCCUCAGACUCCAGUCUUCAUGGAUUCUAGACAUUAGAAUUGUCUUUCUGCCCUCCAUGUGCUGCAGCUUCAGUUCCCCAUAGCUGAAGCUUGUCUUACUGAGUGCACAAGGGCCCUAAGAGCCCUCACAGCUCCAGCUGUCCUGGGCCCCCAGUCCCCCAAAUACCCCAUCAUCCCCUCUCCAGCACAUUCUGUAAAUCAUCUCCAUGCUCACCUUUCCCCACUCUGUUGUGUUGGCAUUCUCAUUGGCUCUGCAUUAGUCCCUUUCUUCAACCUUUUCCUAAAGAGCCAGUAUGGAAGGACACUAAAGAGUAGGCAUUGGAGGGCCCAAUUCCAGGAUUCAGGACUAGGAGCCACCUUUCUGUAGAAGUUUCUAAAGUUCAAAGAUCAGACAAUGAAGUUCUUAGUCAAUCCUCAGGCAUCCUUUUCAGUGCUAGGUUCUAAGUCUCUCCAUGUUGAACAAGCAAAAAGAACUGCUUAAAGAGAACCAAAGUUUCUAGAGCAGGCUGAGUGAAUGACCUCAGCACAGCCUAAUGGUAGAAAGCAGGCUGGCCCUGGAAGGGGAUGAGGAGAAGCUUUUGCUUCAUAAACUGGGCUUUUGUUUUGUUUUGCCUUUCAAUGAAAUAGCUUAAAUUCCCCCCCCCCCAAAAUGCAGAGAGUUGCUCUGUGGUAACUCCAGCCCUAACCUCACUGUUGGCCACUUUGCACCUACAGUUACUUAGUGGGGUGGGGCACCAGCUCAGGGUGUUAAGGCCCAGGUGCUCGUUAGUCCUGGUCACCGGUAUCCCCAGGUGUCCAAAGGGCAUACCAGGCCCAGCACAAAAUCUCUGUUUCUCUUCCUCUCCAUCUUAGGAGAUGGUGCUGAAUUUCCAAGAAAUGGGGGAGAAGGAAAUAGGCUUUUGGAAAAUUGAUAGCAAAGCACUCUACUUGAGGCAAUGAUACUUUAUGACAGUAUCUUGACCUGAUCCUAGAAUAUGUCCACGGGCAUACUGGCAUGCAUUACUACCACAAAAUACUGUGUCACUAUACACCAAUAUAAAAUAUGCAGCACAUAAAGUACAAGAGACUAACUUAAUGAAAAAGGCAUGCCCAGAAAAUUAUAGAUUAUCAUACCUAUAUUCAAAUUAUGCAUGUGCAGCUCCAAAUGUACACAAAGACCUAUAUAGACCAUGUGCCAUCAGACACAAAAUACAUAAAACUACAUGGACACAAUGCAGUGUUCAUGUAGACAAUGGGUAUACAUAAGUACAAAAACACAGAAAUUUGACUGUUGGUUCUGCAUCUAAGGUAUAAAAAACUCAAUACUAGGCAUGCAA